CAAAUACUCAAGAAAAUUUAAAUUGUUUUAAAAUUAUCAAUAUUUUGUGGAUAUAAUAAAUUAAACUUAUUGGAACGGCAAAGAAAUGGAGAUCACGAAGAUAUUGCAAGUUGCUGUUUUAUUGUUCAUGCUCAUUGAUGAAUUUUCAAUUGCAUCAUCAUCAUCAUGCGGAGAUUAUGGACAAGAGCCAUGCAUUUAUUUGCCAGCAAAGCCUGGACAUACACCACCUUGUGCAAGCAAAGGAUCAACAUUCUGUGAACAAAUCGAAGGAUAUCCAGAGAACUUGAUAAAGAAGUUGCUGAAGCAAUAUGCAGCGAAAGACAUACUGGCUGAUGAGACGAAGAUUGACUUUAAUGCAAAGAAGGAGUCGUUCUCGAAGAAGUAUAACAUUCCCGCUUAUGGACAUGAUGCUGGACACGCCUCUGGUGGACCGUUCGAUAAUUAUGCAAAUUUUUAUGAUUCACCUGUUAACAAUCAUCAUGAUUAUAAUAAUUACAAAAAUCAUCAUGGAUAUCGUGGUGGAUAUAAGGACGGAAAUGGGUACCAUUAUCCACGACCUGCUCAUUCAUCCUCAACAUUCUUUCAAAUUAAACCAUCAAUAUCAUAUAGCUUUAGCCAACCUCAAUACUAUCAAAGACCAUCACGACAAAAACGGUCGGUUUUAAAUGAAACAGCUUCAGAAGUCAAACAACUGUCAUUUAAUCGAUUCCUCAAUGUAGUUCAGUCAGGAAGAAGAAGCAAGCGACAAACAAGUUCUAAUCGGGAACAACUCUGUGAAGUCAAAUUAAAUUACAUCAAUCCACAGGCAGCAGUUAAUGUAAGAACUGGAAAUUGGAUGUACAUUGUGAAUAAUGUGGAAGCAGGAACUCAAUUAGUACGGACUGAAACUUGUUUAUCUGAAAAAUGCUCAAACUUGUGCCAAUUACCAAAUGGAUAUAACUCAAAAUGUGAACAAAAGUACGUUCAGAAACGUCUAGUGACUCUAGAUCCGCAAGGUGAAAAAUUGUUCACAGAUACUUUUUGGUUUCCCAGCUGCUGUGUCUGUACAUUAUCGAAUUUCACAGAGUAGAAAUUAUUAGGAUUUUUAAAUUUAAUAGCAAUUGAAUCUCAUCACAUGCUCUCUUAUUCCAUACAUUUCAUUAGGAUUUAAAUUAUUAAUGCAUUUAUUCAUAAGUUUGCACGUUUUUUCUUUAUUAUUUUGUUAAUUAAACUUGUUGCUAUAAACUUAGAACAAUAAUUUAGAAUAAAUUUGCGUGAUACUUUGUACUUAAAAUAUAGAACCUUAUGCAACAAUUAGUCUUAAGAUGUUAUGAUACGUUCAUUCUUUAUAGAUCAAUAAAAUGCUAGAUUAAUUAUUCUCAAAAGAUUCUUAAGAUUUACUUACCUUUUUGAACAACAAGCUUUGCUACAAGCUGAAAGUAAGUAUAGUUCCAGAUCCCUAAAAAGGUUCUAGAAGUCUAAAAUAAUAAGGAAAUCCAAAUAUUUUAAAACUAAUUUGUGAUUAAG